UUAAUAAGCGUUGCUCCUUCUCUCCACCCCUCACUUUAACGAUAUUCUCCCCUGCACUUAAUGCUCUCUGUGAGGGAGAGCCUUGUUGGAGGAUUUCUUAUCUAUCCUUCUUCUGUUACGAAUCUAUUUUUCCUCUGGUCCUUCCUCAUCACUUUUUCAUCACCUCGAUCUACCUCAGUGUUCUCCUUGUUCCUCUCCUUUCUGCCCAACUUCUCCUCUGCCAUGUGGUGGUGGCUGCUCGGGGUUUUGGGCUGUAUGCUGCUGGUGGGGGUUGUCAUCUUCUUUCUGAUGGCCGGACAGCGAUACAAGGUGUUCAGUGAGAAGUGCCUGAGGCCACCAGCUCCCUUGGUCACCGACAGCCGGCAGAGGGACAACCGGCUGAAGAGAGGCUUUCGUGAGGACCGCGUCCCGCCGGCUCUGGAUGCCGUGGUGAUCGGCAGUGGUGUUGGCGGUUUGACAGCAGCAGCGCUUUUGUCUAAAGCCGGCAAGAGGGUUGUCGUCCUUGAGCAACACGAUCAGGCUGGAGGCUGCACACACACCUUUCAGAAUAAGGGAUUUGAGUUUGAUGUGGGUAUCCAUUACCUCGGCCAGCUUCACGAGGGAAGCAUGCUGAGGGUUGCUCUGGAUCAAAUCACGGAGGGACAGUUGAAGUUCACACGGCUGGAGCAGCACUUUGACACACUGUUCCUGGGUCAGUGUGACCAACGCAGGGAGUACCAUAUCCAUGCAGGGAAGACGGAAAUGGCAGAUAGCCUGAAGAAGCAGUUCCCAGGAGAGGAGGAAGCCAUUGACGAGUUCAUGAAGUUGAUGAAGCUUGCCUCGCGCCGGACGCCACUCAUAGCCACCUUGAAGAUCAUACCUUAUUGGCUGGCUAGCUUCCUGAUUCGAUCCGGCCUUUUGGAUCGCAUGUCUUCAGUGUUCCGUUUAGCAGCAACCAACCAUUCAGAAAUGAUGUCCCGCCUCACAAAAAACAAGGACCUGAAGGCCCUGUCUGCCUACCUGUUCUAUGGUGUCCCUCCUAAGGACUCCAGCUUUCUCAUCAACGCGCUCCUGCUGCACCACUACAAGCGUGGUGCGUACUACCCGCGGGGGGGCGCCAGCGAGUUUGCCUUUCACAUCAUUCCUGUCAUCCAGCGGGCGGGCGGCGCUGUGCUGGUCCGGGCUCCUGUGCACCGCAUCCUGCUCAACCAGCAAGGGAAGGCCACCGGUGUGACGGUUCUGAAAGGGCAGGAGGAGUUUGAGAUCCGUGCCCCUGUGGUCAUUUCCAACGCUGGAAUCUUCAACACCUUCCAGAAGUUUCUGCCUCAACCCGUGCAGGACAAGCCAGAGAUCCAGUCCUUGUUGGGCUUGGUGCGUCAUGGUAUGGGUUCCUUCUUGGUCUUUGUUGGUCUGGAUGGAACCAAAGAAGAGCUGGGCAUUGUUUCGACCAACUUUUGGAUGUAUAAAGACAAUGACUUGGACACACUUAUGGAGCGUUACUCUUCUCUGAGCAGAGAGCAGGUACUGGGAAACAUUCCCAUGAUGUUCAUUACCUUCCCAUCAGCUAAAGAUCCUACAUCCAAUGUCAGACACCCAGGUAAAUCCUGUAUGACGUUACUUACCAUGGCUCGCUAUGAGUGGUUUGAGGAGUGGGAGGGGACAAAGCUCGGCAAAAGGGGACAGAACUACGUGGAUAUGAAGAACAGUAUGGCCAAGGAGAUGCUGGACUGGGCACUAACCAUCUUCCCUCAACUGCAGGACAAGGUGGUGAUGGUGGAUGCUGCUACUCCUCUCACCAAUGUCCACUAUCUGGGCGCUCCCAGGGGUGAGAUGUACGGGGCUGAGCACAACGUGGAGCGCUUCACCCCAGACACAGUCGCCAGGACACGCCCACAGACACCAAUCGAGGGUCUCUACCUUACAGGCCAGGACGUGUUCUGUAACGGCAUGGCUGGGGCGCUGCAUGGUGGACUUCUCUGUGCCUCGGCCGUCCUCAACCAGAUCCUCUACAUUGACCUUCUAGCCCUGAAGACCUACCUUAAAAACAAACAGCGCAAACACAAGACGACAUGGUAGCCACAGGGCUGCAGAGGAGGGUCAACGGGCGUAGGCAAGGUUGCAUAUUCUCAGACAGCAUUAACACAGCCAGCCCAAGCUUUAACGGAUGCUGUAGUAGCGAGGCAUUUCAAACACUGGUUUGUGUUAUCAAACCUGAGGAUGACUUGUCAUUCGUUUAACACCAGAUCCUCAUAGUGGUAGCAGACUCUCAGCAUGUAUUUGUGCCGUGUAUGAAUACAAAAUCAAAUGAAAAGGGACUGGCUGCCAACUAGCUCAGAUAAUAAUGAUCACUAUCACUAAUAAUUGUCACUACGUUACAUUUCUUAAACACAAUUGCUGUUAUUUACAACAAUCAGUACAGAAGCUGAAUUGUCAAUAUUUUCCAAAUGCACAAUGUUCACAGGAAUUUGAAUAACUGAUGCUGUGUGAGAGAGUUUUAGGCAAUGGUGAAGUAUCCUCUCGUCCACCUGCCAAAGGACCUUUUUCACAUUCAUUAUCUGUUCAUUAUGUUUGUUUGUGUGAUUUUCUUUUGCCCCAAACCUACAGACCCUCCCUACGCUGCCCCUGAUUGGUUGGGCCUGCUGCCUUCUUUGCAGAGUUUGUUAAGUUCAUUGCUGAUAAACAAGAUGAUAAUCGGAUGUGGAAGGCUUCUUGAAUCUGUGAAAUUGGAAAUUAGAAGUUUUCUUGCUCCCAUCCGAUUUUAACUUGAACAAAAGAAGAUUUGUACCUUGAAUAUAUCAGCCAACAGCUCAUAAAAUGUCUCGACCAAAUCGAUGAGCUCUAUUAAAGAUCCACCUACUUGCAUUUUUAUCAGCGGAUUGUGUUGAGCAUGUAAAGCUGGUAGCCUAAAGCUUUUUUUCUCAUUUUCAAAAGGUCAUCAAUAAACCUGAAGUGAAUAAGUUAAACUUUUAAGCAUUUAAGUGUUUAUUAUGGUGGUAACUACAGGGUACGUACGUUUCCUGAAGGCAACACGGUCGGAAAACAGCUUUUCAGCGCUGUUUGGUGAACCGUCACUCAGGAUUACAGGCCCCUCUUACUUGGGCUCAAGCCCCCCUCCCCCCACAUCCCACCCAAUUUUCCAAAAUACGUGUGUAGGGAGCAUUUUCAAAAAAACACCAUUCGCCACGAACGUUGUCUUAACUCAACCAUACUUUAUCUAAUCUGCUCCAUAUUUCUCAUAUAGCAUGAACUUCUCACCCUUUAAACAUCCAUAUGAUCAUUUCUAACCUGUCCUAUGGUUUUAAGAAUAUAUUGCGGUUAAUGUUAGCAAGGGGCGUGGCUUAAUCUAGCAAGAUUUAUAACUUCCAAAUAGCUUGGCCUGCCCUCACCAAUUGCAGGAUGUGUAAACAUUGAACUCCUGAACACACCCUAACUUUUUCAGAAUUUUUUCAGAUUAGGGGGCGCUGCAUUUAAUCAUUAAAGAUGUGCCUUUUUGGCAUAUUUUCAUGAUUUCUUAAGAGUUGUAAAAGACCGAACUCGCAGGGAUUAGACCAGAUACUUUUCAAAUCCAUGCAGUGUGCUCUAGCUAAUCAACUUUCUGGAGACUAACCAUUUAGAAAUGAAUCGGUGAUAAACCAUAGUGUCAGUCUUAAGAUACAUCGUUAAUUGCAGAUAUUUUCCAAUGUUCUCAAUUACAAUCAAGCAAGUCAAAAAUGUCACUCGACCCAAAAAAAAGCGCUUUAUUUGCAGUGUCAAUGUAACAAUAAAUAUCUGAACGAACAGGAGACCACCAAAAUUAAACCAAAUGGCCAGGACUAGGUCCGUCAUAUUACGCAACUACCAAAUUCAUCAGCAACAUCUGAAUGGGCAUAGCCAUUAAGCUACGUUCAAAUGGAGCAAACAAACUCCGAACUAAAUGGACCGUGCAAAAUAGGUCUCCUAUUUCACCAGUAAUGAGGCAACAUUUGUACAGCUAUUCGGCGUCCCCCUCAACAUCCUCUUCCUCAUCCUCAUCAUCGAGAACAACAAGUUCAUUAUUAAGCAGCUCCUCCUUGUUGUUCUCCUCAUCCUGGGCUACUUGCGUGCGGUUCUCCUCCCCCCGCUGACGGAUCUGCGCCAACGCACCCCUACCAGCGGCGCAUGGCUGUCCCGCUUUGAAGCAAUGGAUGAGACGCAAAUUCGCCUAGUAGGCCUACGUGGUAAAAUGUUAAAAAAAUUAUUGCCAACAGUCCAGAAAUUAGCCAAUAACAUUAAACAUAAGGAGAACAUGCAUUUAUUAAAUAUUACUUUUACUUUUUUUUUACCUCCGGCCUGUAUUUGGGGCCCGGCCUUUAUUUGUCUGUAUCGACCACGCCCCCGGCUACUAUCUGAAGCCCGAUCUUUAUUUGAGGAUUUACUGUCACGGUUUGGUUCUGCUUCCUGUCUUUUAUUGUAGUUUUCAUGUCUAUUGUGUCCCUGGUUAGCUUCCCUUCCUGCCUUGUCCUGUGAUUGCCUGACUGUUUCCACCUGUGUCCAAUCACCUGCACCUCCCUAGUGUAUUUAAGCCCUGUGUACCUGUUGUCCCCUGUCGCGUCAUUGUCUUUGUCAGUCGUCGUUUGUGCA